CUUCAUCACUCCCAUUCCCCUUCAUCUCAUUCUUCUGGGGUGCAGAGUUAUCCUCAGCUAAGAGGAAAACCCAGAUAACAGAGAAAGAAACUAGCAUGAUAUAGUUUUUUUCCCCUCAAAAUUCGAACUAGAAAUUGAUCUCAAUGGCCUUAUUCUCUCCAUCUCCCCCUACUACUCUCUUCACCUUAUCAUCAAAAGCCCACCUCUCCACCAAAACCCAACUCACCCUUUUCCUCAGAAAGUCCCAAUCUUUGGUUCUGUUGAGGUCUGCUGGAGAUAAUGGAGCUGGGUCUGUGGGCUCUGCUUCAGUAGUGGAGGAGAAAUUGGAGAAGAAGGAAGAAGCCCAGAAGUCUAAUUUGGGUCUAAAGGAAGAAGAAGAACAGGGUUUGGGGGCUAAUGGGGUUUCUUUGAAGGGGGAGGCUUCUUCGUCGUUCAAGGAUCCGAGAUGGGUGAAGGGGAAUUGGGAUCUGAAGCAGUUUGAGAAGAAUGGGAGCACUGAUUGGGAUGCUGUCAUUGAUGCUGAGGCUAGGAGAAGGAAAUGGCUGCAAGAAACUCCUGAAGCAUCGAGUAACGAUGAGCCUGUAGUCUUUGAUUCAUCAAUAAUACCCUGGUGGGCAUGGAUCAAAAGAUAUCAUCUUCCUGAAGCUGAACUACUCAAUGGACGAGCUGCAAUGAUCGGUUUUUUCAUGGCUUAUUUUGUGGAUAGCUUGACGGGCGUAGGACUUGUUGAUCAAAUGGGAAAUUUCUUCUGCAAAACCCUACUUUUCAUUGCUGUAUCAGGAGUUCUGCUAAUAAGAAAGAAUGAGGAUAUUGAAACCCUGAAGAAGCUCCUCGACGAAACGACGUUCUAUGAUAAGCAGUGGCAAGCAACUUGGCAAGAAGAUGACUCUACUGGUGCCAAGAAAAAUAAAACCUAAACUUUGUUCACCUAUGCUUCCAUUUUCCUGCUUUUCUUUUGUAAUGUUUUUCCUAGUGUUUCCUUUUGAGCAGAUGCAUCCAAAUCUUCAUUGAAGUGUGAAAUUGUCCCUUAAGUUGUUAUCCUUUGAUGGUUUUGGAAAAUGUGAGCUUGUUGCUUGUUUAGGAAGUUGGUGAUGCCUGUCUAAUUUAAUUGGAGCUUGAUACAUAUGAAGUACAUUGAAGUUGGCCUAAAUUGAUUCCUUGUACCUGA